AUGGCUUCUGUGGGGAGAAAUGUUUUAGCUCCAUUGCUGUUUCUGAACUUGCUCAUGUAUUUGAUUGUUCUUGGUUUUGCUAGUUGGUGUCUCAAUAGGCUCAUCAAUGGCCAAACUUAUCACCCAAGUUUUGGUGGGAAUGGUGCUACCACGUUCUUCUUGAUCUUUGCAAUGUUAGCUUCUGUUCUUGGUAUUGUGUCGAAAUUUAUAGGUGGAAAUCACAUCAGAGCAUGGAGGAGUGACAGUUUAGCAUCUGCUGGAGCUACAUCGGUUGUUGCUUGGGCUGUUACUGCUCUAGCCAUGGGGUUGGCUUGCAAGGAGAUACACAUAGGAGGACAUAGAGGGUGGAGGCUAAAGAUGGUGGAAGCUUUCAUAAUCAUACUGACAUUCACACAAUUGUUGUAUUUGUUGCUGAUCCAUGCAGGGUUGUAUAACAGCAGAUAUGGUCCAGGUUAUCGUGAUACCGACUAUGGUGUUGGAGGAGGAACUACUGGGGAUCCUAUGCAUAAGGGUGUUCCUGCGACUAGGGUUUAA